AAAUUCCUGCUAGGGGGAGUAUUAAGUCAUCUGCUUAAAACUACUUAAGAGAUGUUCUAUGAGACAAGGAAGCUUAAAACAUUCAAAUCCACUCCAAAACACCUGAUUCAUCCUCAUUAGACAGUCGCACACCUCCAAAAAACCAAUAUCAAGCUUAAUUCUACCGAUACCCAAUGACAACAAACUCAAAAGCUGAUAAAAUAGAACAGAAUUUUCUCAGCUCAAUGACUAGAUUCGAACGAGACCUCGCACACGUAAAAGAUAAUAGCCGACAAUACAUCAUCAUAUGUACAUUGCAUGAAGUAAUUUCUUUGAUGACGAAAUCUUUCAUUCUGUACCUGUAUGUUCAUGCCUGCGAUACAAGAUAAAAGUUUGUAAAAUGCCUGAAAUCGUUUAAAGUGAACCUUGUCUUAAUUUAUAAAGUAUCAUGUACAGCUGUUCAAAUGUGACGAGAAAUAAAUUGAUAAAGAUUAAGGAACGACUGUUGACAUGCCUGACAUCAGUGACUUUUCAAUCCUCAGACAUCAAUUUUCAAUCAAAUUUCAAUAAGCAAGCUCCUUGCCAAGUAUUCUGUAAUUCACAAUUUCAUUUGUGUACACAAAAAGAAAAUAAGCAGCAGCCAGCUCCUCCGUACUCAUAAUGGAAAUAAGAACAAGACAAACUCUCACGAAAAUUUUCGUUGCGUCCAUCGCGCACGACACAACACAAUCACAUCCCUACACAGAAUAAUGUUGAGAGCGCACCAGCAUCACUUAGCUUUUUCCGUUGUUGACUGUCGAAUGAGAAAGUUCUGUUUUUCGUCGUGCUGUGUAAAGGUUGGGAUUUUGAGAUAAAAAAAAAUUAUUAAAAUUUUUUGGAAAGUUGCAAAAAUUUCGAUAAAGGAACUGGAAAAAGUUAAUUGAAAUUUGUGUUGAAAAUAAAAUAAAAAGUUUAAUUAAAUUAGUUGAAUAAUUGUGUAGACAAGAUGGAUAGUUUUAUGAAGCUUAAAUCAGAAUUUGACAAUCUUGUGUCGAAAAUUAAGGUUCCUGCAACUGAUAACAGGAUGACAUCCAUUAAUCCCAACAAUUACAAAUUGUCUGAUAAGAUUGCUAAUCUUACAGCACAAGAAUUGUUGCCUCAUAAUGAAACGGCACAGCUGGAGACUCGAGAAUUUCUUCAGAAAGUUACUGACAUCCUUUUGGACUAUGUUAAUGCUACCAACAAUAGAGAUGAAAAGAUCUUGGAAUUCCAUCAUCCAGAAGACAUGAAGAAAUUACUUGACUUGGAUAUUCAUGAAAAUCCAGUUCCAUUACAGCAAUUGAUCUUUGACUGUGCCACAACUAUGAAGUAUCAAGUUAAGACUGGCCACCCUCAUUUCUUUAAUCAGCUCUCAUGUGGGUUGGAUCUCGUCUCGAUGGCUGGCGAGUGGUUGACUGCUACAGCAAAUACCAACAUGUUCACCUAUGAAAUUGCUCCAGUCUUUAUUCUUAUGGAGACUGUCGUGCUGACAAAAAUGCGUGAUAUCAUUUGGCCAGGCUAUUCUGGUGGAGAUUCAAUUUUGGCACCAGGCGGUUCAAUUUCCAAUUUGUAUGCCUUCCUUGCUGCACGUCAUAAAAUGUUCCCAGGAUACAAAGAACAUGGACCACGUGGACUUCCUGGUGACUUGUGCAUGUUCACAUCUGAUCAAUCACAUUACUCAAUUAAGUCUUGUGCAUCUGUUUGUGGCUUGGGAACUGAAAACUGUGUCAUGGUUCCGUCUGAUGAUCAAGGAAAGAUGAUUCCACAUGAAUUGGAACGAUUGAUUUUGGAACGUAAGGCACGCGGACAGAUUCCAUUCUUUGUUUGUGCCACUGCUGGAACAACUGUUUUGGGUGCUUUUGAUCCAUUGGAUGCUAUUGCUGACAUUACUGAGAAGUACAACUGUUGGUUCCAUAUUGAUGCUGCAUGGGGUGGUGGAUUGCUUCUAUCAAAGAAACAUCGACAUCCUCGUUUGUCAGGCAUUGAAAGAUCUCAUUCAGUCACAUGGAAUCCACACAAAUUGAUGGGAGCUCUCUUGCAGUGUUCCAGCAUUCAUUUCAAGGAAGAUGGCUUAUUGCUUAGUUGUAACCAAAUGUCAGCCGAAUAUCUCUUCAUGACUGAUAAACUUUAUGAUAUUCAGUACGAUACAGGCGAUAAAGUUAUUCAGUGUGGACGUCACAAUGAUAUUUUCAAGUUGUGGCUUCAAUGGCGUGCAAAGGGUGAUCAUGGAUUUGAAGCACACAUAGAUCGAUUGAUGGACCUUACUCAGUAUGAAGUUAGGAGAAUUAAGGAACAAUCUGAUAAGUUCCAUUUGAUUAUGGAACCUGAAUUGGUAAAUGUUUCAUUCUGGUACAUUCCAAAACGUUUACGUGGAGUUCCUCAUUCGGCAGAGAAGGAAAAGGAACUUGCAAAGAUCUGCCCAAUAAUCAAAGCUCGCAUGAUGCAAGCUGGAACUUUGAUGGUUGGUUAUCAACCUGAUGAUCGUCGUCCAAACUUCUUCCGAUCAAUUAUCUCAUCAGCUGCCGUGUUUGAAAAGGAUGUUGAUUUCAUGUUGAAUGAAAUUGAUCGUUUAGGUCAAGAUUUGUAAAUAUCUUCCCUAGAAACAUCCACACAUCAGUUGUUCCAUUAUAGUCAUUAAUAUCGUUAGCGAAUGUAAUUCACACCAUUCAUUAUCCUAUUAUUAUUCAACCAAAAUUAUUGAGGCAACAAAAAUAUUAUAUAAUCCGUAAAAAAAUACAUAUAUCUAGCAGCCUCAUCUCUACUAAUUUCUUGUCCUCAUUUAUGAAUGUCUGUGAGUGUACGAUGGGCCGUGAAAUAUUAAAUAAAUAAAUACUUUAAUGAAAAAGAGAUGCUAGGUUAUAACAUAAAUUAUAGUAAAGAAAGUUAUUUUAUUCAACCAAGCAAGUAUCAACUUGGAUGCAUAUCAAAAUUAACUCUCAAAUCUCAUAUAACUUUUAAGAAUUUUCUGUUAAAAACUUAAUGUUGAGUUUAUUAAUCAAACUUAAGUUCUAUGAUAUUAAAGAAUAAUACUCGAUUCCAUCGCAGAACAUAUCUAAC